AGGUCGCUCACUCUGCAGUGCGUUGAUCUUGUUAUAGUACUGAAGUCUGUGAGCUGCUGGUUACAUGGUGUCAUUUCUGCUUUCAAGGGAUAAUAAUGGAUAAUCAGGCAUUUGAAUCCGUGGCCGAGCGAACUUUCCAGUAUCAGUCCACGCUGCCACCUCUGCCUGUGCCGUCCCUGGAGGAAAGUCUCAAUAAAUACCUGGACGCAGUGAAGCCAUUUGCUUCGGAGCAUGAGUUUCACAACACAGCAGCCAUCGUGAAGUGUUUUGCUGAGGGAAUUGGGCAGCAUCUUCACCAACGACUCCUCCAACGAGCCAAAAGCAGGCGCAACUGGCUGGAGGAUUGGUGGUUGGACACGGCAUAUUUGGAAUCUCGAAUACCGUCCCAGCUCAAUGUGAACUUCGGCGGUCCAGGGCCGUACUUGGAGCACUUGUGGCCGGCGUGUGACGGAACCCAGUUGGAGAGGACCAGUUUGGCAACGUGGCUCACACUUCAGUACUGGGACCUCAUUCGCACGGAGAAGUUGGCCGUCCAUAAAGCAGGUAACACGAUCUUUGACAUGGAUCAGUUCUGCAUGAUCUUCUGUACCUGCAAAGUCCCUGGGAUUAAGAAGGACAGCAUUCUGAACUACUUCAGGACAGAAGGCGAAGGCUCGUGUCCCUCUCACCUCAUCGUGAUGUGUCGUGGGAGAAUCUUCACUUUCGACGCUGUCUGUGACGGACGCCUCCUCACUCCUCCUGAAUUACUGAGGCAGCUGACCUACAUUAAAGAGAGCUGCGAUGGAGAGAUCUGGGGUGACGGAGUGGCUGCUUUGACCACUGAAGAGAGGACGAAAUGGGCUCAGGCACGGGAGCAUCUGAUCUCAAUCGAUCCGGUCAAUAAGACCAUACUGGAGACCAUCCAGAGCUCACUGUUUGUUCUCAUACUGGACGAUGCCAAGCCAUAUUCCACCCCGUGGAAUUACACUGCGAUGACCCUGUUGGCUCUGACAGGAGACCCCACUCUCCGCUGGGGUGAUAAAUCCUACAACUUUAUCUGCUUCGCUGACGGCACCUUCGCCUCAAACUGUGACCACGCACCUUAUGAUGCCAUGGUGUUGGUGUCGCUGUGUUACUACAUGGAUCAAAAAGUGAAGGCCGUCGGUGGAAAAUGGAAGGGUACGGAUGUGGUACGAGACCUUCCUGAUCCAGAAGAGCUUGUGUUUACUGUCGAUGAAAAAGUCAGAAGAGACAUUACACUGGCUAAAGAGCAAUACAGCAAAAGUACUCAGGAUCUGCAGGUCAUCUGCUACGCCUUCACCUCUUUUGGGAAAGCAGCACUCAAGAACAAGAAACUUCACCCGGACACAUUUGUACAGCUGGCCAUGCAGUUAGCCUACUACAGGCAACAUGGGAAACCUGGGAGCUGUUAUGAGACCGCCACCACACGCCGUUUCUAUCACGGCCGCACGGAGACUAUGAGGCCAUGCACAGUGGAGGCCGUACACUGGUGCAAAGUCAUGCUGAAUCCCUCGACAACUACUGAAGAGAAAAGACGAGCACUGCUUUGUGCUUUCAGCAAACACAACAAACUGAUGGAUGAGGCUCAGAACGGAAAAGGCUUUGACAGACAUCUUUUGGGUUUGUAUCUGAUUGCCAAGGAAGAAGGGCUUCCUGUUCCUGAGCUUUACUCAGACCCGCUCUAUAUUAAGAGCGGCGGAGGAGGUAAUUUCGUCCUUUCCUCCAGCCUCGUCGGCUACACAACUGUUCUGGGGGCCGUCGCUCCCAUGGUGCACCACGGCUAUGGCUUUUUCUACCGCAUCCGUGACGACAGGAUUGUUGCUUCCUGUACAGCCUGGAAAUCCUGCCCAGAGACGGACGCUGAAACAUUCUUUCAGAACUUGUGCACCUCCUUCUAUGAUAUGAUGCAGGUCAUGACUCUGUCCCACUUGUAGAGUAAAGCUGUCUUGGAUAUCGAGUUCUUUUUGUACAGUUUUAACUUUAUGUAGCGAAGCUAGCAGUGAUCAAAGUGCCUUUAGCUGUAUUAAACCUCAGGCUUCCACAUGAUACGAUGCAGAUUCAUAAGUAAACAAAUUGAAAGCUAAACCUGCUACGAUACGUGAUUUAUGAUUCCAUUUUGUAACCUUUGAUCGAUAUGUGAACAGCUUUGUUCACAAUCUGUUUGCAGGCCUACCAUUAAUUCGUGAUGAAUAAUUACGUAUUAUUAUUCUAUCCACAUUCACUGGAUGUGAGCAACCGUGUGCUCUGAUUGGCUACUCUACUACUAGGAUAUCAGCUCAUAUACUGUGAGUAGAGAAAAACAAAACGGCGGAGCAUGCUGCUGAACCAACCGAGGAUGAAAUAAAAAAAACAUAUGGAAUAGAAGUAUUUGAUGGUAAGAACAUUUCCCCCCCCAGAAUUUUUUUUUUUUAGCAUUUUUCACAAAUCGCUCCUGUCAUUUUGCUGGUUUGUUUACAUUCUAAGCAGAAAUUAUUUUGUUGGGCGUUUUGUAUAAAGUUUUUAUUUAUUGAAUUUGCUAAAAAUAAAAAUGCUCUGUUUCUCAAUCCAGUGAACGUGGAUAGAAUCUCAUCUCAUUAUCUCUAGCCGCUUUCUACUCAAUCUCCGCGUACACGGCUUAUAGACAACUCAGCACUACGCUCCUCGUCAGCUAUCAGCUCAUGUAUGACUUGAUUUCGUUGAAUAACUAACUGUUAAAUAUCAUCUUAAUAGCCAGUUAAAUUGUUUACACCAAGUUAAAAAUAUGAAUUCUUUUUAAUACAGCAAUUGUUUGUCCUUAUAAUCGAACCGAUUGUAAUUUGCUGCAUCAGUUCAUUUCGAGCAUUGCUUUUUAAGUCAGUCCAAAUCCUCAGAAAGUUACACCCCUGGAAAUCAAGUAAGGGUUUAAAAAAAAAAUUUAACAGAAUGUUCCAGAAAGGUUUUGUUUGACCAAAGGCACUUGUAAUAAUCUCUUAUUGCUGCUUUAACUUUCAUUUGUAAUGACCACUAUGAGGAAGUCUCAUGGACUAAGGGAUUAUCCAUCCAUCCAUUAUCCAUAACCGCUUAUCCUGUGCAGGGUUGCAGGCAAGCUGGAGCCUGUCCCAGCUGACUAUGGGCGAGAGGCGGGGUACAUCCUAGACAAGUCACCAGAUCAUCGCAGGGCUGAUACAUAGAGACACACAACCAUUCGCACUCGCAUUCACACCUACAGGUACGGUCAAUUUAGUGCCACCAAUUAGCCGAACCCAUGCAGACACGGGGAGAACAUGCAAACCCCACACAGAAAGGUCCCCGUCGGCCGAUGGGCUCAAACCCAGAACCUUCUUGCUAUGAGGCGACCGUGCUAACCACUACACCACCGUGCCGCCCACUAAGGGAUUAGUCUGUCAUUUUAAGUUAGGAAUAAUUUUUUUUUUUUUGUGCUCUUUUAAUAAAUCCCUCCAUAUUUUACAGAUCAAGAAGAUUUUAAAAUGUAGAUCAGGUGCUCUUAUUGUAGUUCACCAACAUAAAUGAGAGAGUAAUAUAGAGAGAAUUUAGUCCAUCAAUGGAAUUGCUUAAAUACAAACUGUGUUGAGUAAAAUCGAUUAGUUCGAUGUUGAAAUUACUUAUAAUGCUGAAUCACUUUAAAUUCACUUGAUGUCCGUGUUAUUUACUGCAAUUAGGAUUUGCAGCAUACAUGUAGCUGAUCAUUAUUCGACCUUAAUUAGGGAUAUAUAUAUAUAUAUGUGUGUAUAUGUUUUCCAACAGAUGAUGGUGGAUGAGAUGGCUAAAUAUUUUUAGACAAUAAGACAAUCGGGAGGAAAAAGUCCAUUGCGAACACUACUUAAUAAUCCUUUAUUUUAAUGACCAAAGGCACAGCAGUUGGUGGGGACACAAAAGCCCCGCCCAUUUGGUUUUUAUUUGAUCACAAGACUGAAGCUCGUAAAAUGAACAGAAAUUCAUGAGGGGAAAAAAACUGCUGUAAAAUGAAAUUAACCGCUACAGUGAGCGCGUGCCUUUCAUGUCCAGCAUCCUUUCCUCUUUAAUAGGGGGAAAAAAAACUUGAUUUCAUCACUUGUACUCAUGGAUUUAAACUUUAUCCUCAGCUGCUUUAGAGAAGGGGGUGAAUCCACAGAAAAACAGAAAAUGCAACAUAUUGAAUGUAAAUGUAUAGAAAACAUGAUAAACCCGCAUGCAAAGAUCAAUGCAAACGAACAGAAACAAUGCAAUCAUUCAUUCUUCCUUUAAGUUCUGUAAUUAUUUUUCUGUUUUUGCUCAUUAAUUUAACACAAGUGAAAAAUGCUCUUUAUUCGUAUGUGAUAUAUCUGUAUUGUGAGUGUAGCUCAAGAGUUUUUUUUAUUUUUAUUUUUUAUUACUGCAUUAAUUAUUAAUCACUUUCUCUCCAAGCUAAUGUGAAUCCCAGAAUUGAUCUGUAUUUAACUUGAUUUUUCUUUGAAUAAACAUGUUUCAAAA